AUGUUCCAAUUCUUGACAAAUCGUAUCCUCAAAAGAAAGGCCCCUGCGGUCGUUGAGGCCAUUCCAAAAAAGAGAAGAUACUCUACUGCGUUGUACAAACCUCUUGUGUGGAUAGACUGUGAAAUGACAGGACUUGAUAUCGCUAAAGAUCACAUCAUUGAAAUCUGCUGCAUUAUUACGGACGGAAAUUUGAACAUUAUUGACGAGAAGGGUUAUGAGAGUACCGUUUAUGUGCCAAAGAAAGUGUUGGACAGCAUGAACGAGUGGUGUGUGAACCAACAUGGUAAAUCAGGUCUUACGGCAAAGGUUUUAGCCAACCCGCAGCAGACUUUGGCCAAGGUCCAACAAGAACUUCUCGAUUAUAUUCAGUUUUAUAUUCCAGAACCAAGAACGUCUCUUUUGGCCGGAAACUCGGUGCAUAUGGACAAGUUCUUCAUGAUGAAAGAGUUUCCUCAAGUGAUUGACCACUUGCAUUAUCGGUUAGUGGACGUUUCUUCCAUCAUGGAGGUCGGAUUCCGCCACAACCCGGCUCUUAUGAAAUGUUUUCCAAGAAAGAAGGGUAACCAUACCGCCAAAUCUGAUAUCUUGGAAAGUAUCAACCAGUUAAAGUGGUAUCAAGACAAUUAUCUUAGAAGUGACAUACCUGAAGGUGUGUCUGUGCCGCAAAGAGAAGAUGCUCCAGUGAAAAGAAUAAAAUUGGAUAUUGCAGAGGAUGCUACCACAACAGAGGAAAAACAAGAAGUGUCAAAGCAGGAAACGAAAGAAGAAGAAACCACAGAAGUGGAGAAGCCCACGACUGACACAAUCGAAGAAGAAGCUUCUGCUACGGGUAAGGAAACAAACACUCAAUAA